AUGAGGAAGCCACUUGUGGUUCUACUGCUGAUAAUGGUAACAACGACUUGGGGUCGAUUCGUGGAUAAAGGAGCCAAUUCGGAAAUCGUAGACACUUUUUACAAACAUGAAUCGGAUGCGGAGCCAGAAGAAGACGCUCAAUACGAAGUGAUCUCAGAAGACGUGCCAACCCUACCCCGUAUGAACAGUCAAACCAAAUGGGAGAUGAUCCGAGCCAGCGGCCAGGACCCCACCAUCCGUCGCAGGAAGAACAAGCAGCAGCGUCAGCAGAAAGUUGUCCUCGGUCGUGAACGUCGUGAUCUAAUUCUUGCUCCAUGGAGAAUUACUCAUAUCACACCGAAGAAAGCGACCGUCGCGCCCGUACCAAAGAAACCAGCGAUGGCGUUGUCUUUCGAUAUGUGCCCAGAGAAAUUCGACGCAAUAACCAAAGGAUACAACGGAAGGACAUAUGUGUUCGCUCGCGAGAAGGUUUACCAGAUCUGGUUCGAGGAUGGUCUCCCACAAAAGGCCUCUUACCUUAUCAGUGAUUUGUUCUCCGGUGGGCCAAGAACCGUCACCGCCGCUCUGACAAACUCCCGUUCUGGUGUGACGAUUCUAUUCGAGGGACGGACUGCGUAUCGAUUCCGUUGGAACAGAAAGCACCGACGAUUCCAGUUGGCUAAGAAUACUCCACAAGACCUUCCACGUAACAUCACUAUCAAUCCGUUGUCAGCAUUCGAGUGGGCCGAUGGAAAUCAAGUGGUUCUUAGUGGUGAGCACUUCAUCAUCUACGACGCCUACUGGAACCUCGCCACCUUCACCGGACACACCCGAAAAUAUUUCCCCAACCUGCCACGCGAUCUUCUCGGUAUCGUCUACAAUGGAGCCGGAGAGACACUUCUCAUGUACACCAAAACGAACAAGUUAAAGGUCUACAACACGAAGAAAUUCAAAGUCGUCCAGGAGUACCCGCUGAAACUAUCCGAAUUCGUCGGCUGCCAAUCCAGAUGA